CGGCGGGUCCUCCGGGCGCGGGGCGGGACGGGGGUUCCAGGGGCUCGGGGGGCGGGUCCUCAGGGCGGCGCGCGCCGGCGUCCCCCGCUCCUCCCGCGCGCGGCCCCCGGAGUGCCCAAGGCGCGCGGCCAGCCGCCCUGCUCGGGCCGCUGCACUCGAGCUGCCCCGCGGCCGAGCGAGCGCGGGCCGGGGCCGGGGCUGCGGCGGCGGGUGCGGCACCCGGGGUCCUCCUGCAGCCCCCAGAGCGAGGAGCGAGGGCGAAGACGAGGCUCAGAGGGACCGGAACCAUGAACCGGAGUUUCCACAAGUCUCAGACCCUGCGCUUCUACGACUGCAGCGCGGUGGAAGUAAAGAGCAAGUUUGGGGCUGAGUUCCGAAGGUUCUCCUUGGACCGUCAAAAGCCUGGAAAGUUUGAAGACUUCUACAAGCUGGUUGUGCACACCCACCACAUCUCCAACGCCGAGGUCACCAUCGGCUAUGCGGACGUGCACGGCGACCUGCUGCCCAUCAACAACGAUGACAACUUCUGCAAGGCAGUCUCCAGUGCGAACCCCCUGCUCAGGGUCUUCAUCCAGAAACGAGAAGAGGCCGAGCACUGCAGCUUCGGGGCGGGCUCACUGUCCAGGCGGCGGCGCCCGCUGGCGCUACGCGAAGAUGGUCCUCGCCGGCGCGCGCACCUGCACAUCGGCCUGCCACACGACUUCCGCCCUGUGUCCUCCAUCAUCGACGUGGACAUCCUCCCCGAGACGCACCGCCGCGUGAGGCUGUACCGGCAUGGCUGCCAGAAGCCACUGGGCUUCUACAUCCGCGAUGGCACAAGUGUGCGUGUGGCCCCGCAGGGGCUGGAGAAGGUGCCCGGUAUCUUCAUCUCCCGCAUGGUGCCUGGCGGCCUGGCUGAGAGCACUGGGCUGCUGGCCGUGGACGACGAGGUCCUGGAGGUGAACGGGAUCGAGGUGGCCGGGAAGACACUGGACCAGGUCACGGACAUGAUGAUCGCCAACAGCCACAACCUCAUCGUCACGGUCAAGCCGGCCAAUCAGAGGAACAACGUGGUGCGUGGCAGCCGUGCGUCGGGUAGCUCUGGCCGCUCCUCGGACAGCACGGCCAGCCGCCACAGCCUGCCCACAGCCCACGUCCUGCAGAACUUGCCCCCUGACGAGAUGGAGAGUGACGAGGAGGCCGACGUGGUCCUCGAGGGUGUCUUGGAGCCCCGGCUGGUACCCAGGCCUCCACCGAGCAGCCUCGCACGGGUCAAUGGUGCCGGCCUGGUGCCUGGCCUGCAUAGUCCCGGGCGGGAGGGCAGCGUCCAGAGGCUGCUCAGCUCCCUCCGGUCUGACCCACGCCACAGCCUGGCCCUGCCCCCAGGAGGGGUGGAGGAGCACGGGCCAGCAGUCACCCUGUAGGUCCAGGUAUCACAGGUCAGUUUCCCAAGGGGAAAUACUUCUUACAUUUUUAUUCCAGUUUUAAAAUAAGAAAAAGGUGUAUACUUCACUCCUCCUUUUUGUUGUUUUUACUUAUCCCUCCCUUCCUCCCACAACCCUACUCUUUAUUUCAACUUAUGGAUAGAAAAA